CUCCUCCUUCUAUUGCUUUCCUCCAGCAAGUGCACACUCGCUAGUGGUCUGUACAGGAGGCAGGGUUUAAUGGCAGAGCUAUUUUCUUUCCAAACUGUACAAAAUGAUGAACGAAGAUGCAGCUCAGAAAAGCGACAGUGGAGAGAAGUUCAAUGGCAGUAGUCAGCGGAAAAAAAGACCCAAAAAGUCUGACAGCAAUGCAAGUUUCCUCCGAGCUGCCAGAGCAGGCAACCUGGACAAAGUAGUUGAGUAUCUGAAGGGUGGCAUAGACAUCAACACCUGCAAUCAGAAUGGACUCAAUGCUCUCCAUCUGGCUGCCAAGGAAGGCCAUGUGGGGCUGGUUCAGGAGCUGCUGGGAAGAGGAUCUGCUGUGGAUUCUGCUACUAAGAAGGGAAAUACGGCUCUUCACAUUGCAUCUUUGGCUGGACAAGCAGAAGUUGUCAAAGUUCUUGUUAAGGAAGGAGCCAAUAUUAAUGCACAGUCUCAGAAUGGCUUCACUCCUUUAUACAUGGCUGCCCAAGAGAACCACAUUGAUGUUGUCAAAUAUUUGCUGGAAAAUGGAGCUAAUCAGAGCACUGCUACUGAGGAUGGCUUUACUCCUCUAGCUGUGGCACUGCAGCAAGGACAUAACCAGGCAGUCGCCAUCCUCUUGGAGAAUGACACUAAGGGGAAAGUGAGGCUACCAGCUCUGCAUAUUGCAGCGAGGAAAGAUGACACCAAAUCUGCCGCACUCUUGCUUCAGAAUGAUCACAAUGCUGACGUACAAUCUAAGAUGAUGGUGAAUAGGACAACCGAGAGUGGUUUUACCCCUUUGCACAUAGCUGCACACUACGGAAAUGUCAACGUAGCAACCCUUCUUCUAAACCGAGGAGCUGCUGUGGACUUCACAGCCAGGAAUGGAAUCACUCCUCUGCAUGUGGCUUCCAAAAGGGGAAACACAAACAUGGUGAAGCUCUUACUGGAUCGUGGUGGUCAGAUCGAUGCCAAAACUAGGGAUGGGUUGACCCCACUUCAUUGUGCUGCACGAAGUGGGCAUGACCAAGUGGUGGAACUUCUGCUGGAACGGGGUGCUCCCUUGCUGGCAAGGACUAAGAAUGGGCUGUCUCCACUUCACAUGGCUGCACAAGGGGACCACGUGGAAUGUGUGAAACACCUAUUACAGCACAAGGCACCUGUUGAUGAUGUCACCCUUGACUACCUGACAGCCCUCCAUGUUGCUGCACACUGUGGCCACUACCGUGUAACCAAACUCCUUCUGGACAAGAGAGCCAAUCCGAAUGCAAGAGCUCUGAAUGGUUUUACUCCACUGCACAUUGCCUGCAAGAAAAACCGCAUCAAAGUCAUGGAACUGCUGGUGAAAUAUGGGGCUUCAAUCCAAGCUAUAACAGAGUCUGGCCUCACACCAAUACAUGUGGCUGCCUUCAUGGGCCACUUGAACAUUGUCCUCCUUCUGCUGCAGAACGGAGCCUCUCCAGAUGUCACUAACAUUCGUGGGGAGACAGCACUGCACAUGGCAGCCCGGGCAGGACAGGUGGAAGUUGUACGAUGCCUUCUGAGAAAUGGUGCCCUUGUGGAUGCUAGAGCCAGGGAGGAACAGACACCUCUACAUAUUGCUUCCCGCCUGGGUAAGACAGAAAUUGUCCAGCUACUUCUACAACAUAUGGCUCAUCCAGAUGCAGCCACUACAAAUGGGUACACACCACUGCACAUCUCUGCCAGGGAGGGCCAGGUAGAUGUGGCAUCAGUUCUCUUGGAAGCAGGAGCAGCCCACUCCUUAGCUACCAAGAAAGGUUUUACUCCACUGCAUGUAGCAGCUAAGUAUGGAAGCCUGGAUGUGGCAAAACUUCUCUUGCAACGCCGUGCUGCUGCAGAUUCUGCAGGGAAGAAUGGCCUUACCCCGCUCCAUGUUGCUGCUCAUUAUGACAACCAGAAGGUGGCGCUGCUGUUACUGGAGAAGGGUGCUUCCCCUCAUGCAACUGCCAAGAAUGGCUACACUCCUUUACAUAUUGCUGCCAAGAAGAAUCAAAUGCAGAUAGCUUCCACCCUCCUGAACUAUGGAGCAGAAACUAACAUCGUGACCAAACAAGGAGUAACUCCACUUCAUCUGGCCUCGCAGGAGGGGCAUACGGAUAUGGUCACAUUGCUUCUGGAUAAAGGAGCCAAUAUCCACAUGUCAACCAAGAGUGGACUCACAUCCUUACACCUUGCAGCCCAGGAAGAUAAAGUAAAUGUUGCUGAUAUACUCACCAAGCAUGGGGCUGACCAAGAUGCUCAUACAAAGCUUGGUUACACUCCUUUAAUUGUGGCCUGUCAUUAUGGAAAUGUGAAAAUGGUCAACUUUCUUCUGAAGCAGGGAGCAGAUGUCAAUGCAAAAACCAAGAACGGUUACACGCCUUUGCACCAGGCUGCCCAGCAGGGGCACACACACAUCAUUAAUGUCCUGCUCCAGCACGGGGCCAAGCCCAAUGCCACUACCACGAAUGGCAACACUGCCCUGGCGAUUGCUAAGCGUCUGGGCUACAUCUCUGUGGUUGAUACCCUGAAAGUUGUAACUGAGGAAGUCACCACCACCACCACGACUAUCACUGAAAAACACAAGCUCAAUGUUCCUGAGACGAUGACUGAGGUUCUUGAUGUUUCUGAUGAAGAGGGUGAUGACACAAUGACAGGUGAUGGAGGAGAGUAUCUUAGGCCUGAGGAUCUAAAAGAACUUGGCGAUGACUCUCUACCCAGCAGUCAGUUCCUGGAUGGUAUGAAUUACCUGCGAUACAGUUUGGAAGGAGGACGAUCUGACAGCCUUCGAUCCUUCAGUUCCGACAGGUCUCACACCUUGAGCCAUGCCUCCUACCUGAGGGACAGUGCCAUGAUCGAUGACACAGUUGUGAUCCCCAGUCACCAGGUGUCAACUCUAGCCAAGGAGGCAGAAAGGAAUUCUUAUCGUCUAAGCUGGGGCACUGAGAACUUAGACAACGUGGCUCUUUCUUCCAGCCCUAUUCAUUCAGGCUUCCUGGUUAGUUUCAUGGUGGAUGCCCGAGGUGGUGCUAUGCGAGGGUGCAGACACAAUGGGCUCCGAAUCAUUAUUCCCCCUCGGAAAUGUACCGCCCCAACACGAGUCACCUGCCGACUGGUCAAACGCCAUAGACUGGCGACCAUGCCUCCAAUGGUGGAAGGAGAAGGCCUGGCCAGUCGCCUGAUUGAAGUUGGACCUUCUGGUGCUCAGUUCCUUGGUAAACUUCACCUGCCAACGGCUCCUCCCCCACUUAAUGAGGGAGAAAGUUUGGUCAGCCGCAUCCUUCAGCUGGGGCCUCCUGGAACCAAAUUCCUUGGGCCUGUGAUUGUGGAGAUCCCGCAUUUCGCGGCUCUUCGAGGGAAGGAGAGAGAGCUGGUGGUCCUGCGCAGUGAGAAUGGGGACAGCUGGAAAGAGCAUUACUGUGAAUACACAGAAGACGAGUUGAAUGAAAUCCUCAAUGGCAUGGAUGAAGUGCUGGAUAGCCCAGAAGACCUAGAAAAGAAACGAAUUUGCCGCAUCAUCACCCGUGACUUCCCACAGUACUUUGCAGUGGUGUCUCGCAUCAAACAAGACAGCAACCUGAUUGGCCCAGAAGGAGGUGUGCUGAGUAGCACAGUGGUACCCCAGGUGCAGGCUGUCUUCCCAGAGGGGGCACUAACCAAGCGGAUCCGUGUAGGCUUACAGGCUCAACCUAUGCACAGUGAACUAGUUAAGAAGAUCUUAGGCAACAAAGCUACCUUCAGCCCUAUAGUCACUUUGGAACCUAGAAGAAGAAAGUUUCACAAACCAAUUACCAUGACUAUUCCUGUCCCCAAAGCUGCAAGUGAUGUCAUGUUGAAUGGUUUUGGGGGCGAUGCACCAACCUUAAGAUUACUAUGCAGUAUAACAGGUGGAACCACCCCUGCUCAGUGGGAAGAUAUUACAGGAACUACGCCAUUAACAUUUAUCAAUGAAUGUGUUUCCUUUACAACCAAUGUGUCUGCCAGGUUCUGGUUGAUAGAUUGUCGACAGAUCCAGGAAUCCGUUACGUUCGCAUCACAAGUGUAUAGAGAGAUUAUCUGUGUACCUUAUAUGGCCAAAUUUGUAGUGUUUGCCAAAUCCCAUGACCCCAUUGAAGCCAGGUUGAGAUGUUUCUGCAUGACUGAUGAUAAAGUGGAUAAGACUCUUGAACAACAAGAAAACUUUGCUGAGGUGGCCAGAAGCAGAGAUGUAGAGGUAUUAGAAGGAAAACCCAUCUAUGUUGAUUGUUUUGGCAACCUGGUGCCAUUAACCAAGAGUGGCCAACAUCAUAUAUUCAGUUUUUUUGCCUUUAAAGAAAACAGACUUCCUCUCUUUGUCAAGGUACGCGAUACCACUCAGGAACCUUGCGGACGACUAUCAUUUAUGAAGGAGCCAAAAUCCACAAGAGGCCUGGUGCAUCAAGCUAUUUGCAACUUAAAUAUCACUCUGCCAAUUUAUACAAAGGAGUCAGAGUCAGAUCAAGAACAGGAAGAAGAGAUCGAUAUGACAUCAGAAAAAAAUGAUGAGACAGAAUCUACAGAAACAUCUGUCCUGAAAAGUCACCUGGUAAAUGAAGUUCCUGUCCUAGCAAGUCCGGAUUUGCUCUCUGAAGUUUCUGAGAUGAAACAAGAUUUGAUCAAAAUGACCGCCAUCUUGACCACAGAUGUGUCAGAUAAGGCAGAGUCUAUUAAAGUGAAGGAGCUGGUGAAGGCUGCUGAGGAAGAGCCAGGGGAGCCUUUUGAAAUUGUUGAAAGAGUUAAAGAGGACUUAGAGAAAGUGAAUGAGAUCCUGAGAAGUGGAACCUGCACAAGCGAUGAAGGCAGUAUGCAGAGGUCUCAGUCAGAGAGAGUGUUAGUGGAAGAAGAAUGGGUUAUUGUGAGUGAGGAGGAAAUAGAAGAGGCUAAGCAAAAGGCAUCUUUAGAAAUCACUGAAUAUCCAUGUGUAGAAAUUAGACUAGAAAAAGAGGCCAAAGUAAAAGCAGAAAAAGACUCAACUGGGUUAGUGAACUACCUUAUCAAUGAUCUAAGUUUGUAUGGGAGUCGCCAUGAAGUGCAACCACAGACAGUUCAAGAUGUUGCAGGGGAAAAAUGUAAGUCUGUGGCUAUUAGCAGGAGCACUGAAAAUGAAGAGAAAAGUGCACCCCCAGAUGAGUCACAGAGUACACAAGAACAGCAUAAACCAAGCCUGGGAAUAAAGAAGCCAGUGAGAAGGAAAUUAAAAGAAAAACAGAAACAAAAAGAGGAAAGUUUACAAGCUGGUGCAGAUAAAAAUGAAUUUAAAAAAUGCAGUUCAGAAGAGUCAUUAGAUGAAGAAUCUGGUUUAGCCCCUGAACCUCUUCCCACGGCAAAGGCCACAUCUCCUUUGAUAGAAGAAACUCCCAUUGGGUCCAUAAAGGACAAGGUAAAGGCCCUUCAGAAGCGAGUAGAAGAUGAACAGAAAGGUCGAAGCAAGUUGCCUGUCAGAGUCAAAGGCAAAGAAGAUGUGCCAAAAAAGACCACCCAUAGGAUACAUCCAGCUGCAUCACCUUCUCUGAAGUCAGAAAGGCAUGCACCAGCAUCACCCUCCUCUAAAACAGAUAGACAUACUUCUCUUUCCACUUUUGUAAAAACUGAAAGGCAUCCUCCUGUAUCCCCAUCAAGCAAAACUGAAAAACACUCACCCGUGUCACCCUCUGCAAAAACGGAAAGACAUCCACCUGUGUCAUCAUCAAGUAAAACUGAGAAACACUCACCUGUAUCACCCUCUACAAAAGCUGAAAGACACUCCCCUGGAUCACCUUCUGCAAAAACAGAAAGACACACACCUGUAUCACCUUCAGGUAAAACAGACAAACGCCCAACUGCAUCACCCUCUGGGAGACCAGAGAGACAUCCACCAGUAUCACCUGGAAGAACAGAAAAACGAUUGCCUGUAUCACCCUCUGGAAGAAUGGAAAAGCACCCACCUGUAUCAACCUCUGGGAAAACCGAAAAGCACCUGCCUGUGUCACCUUCAGGUAAAACAGACAAGCAACCACCUGUCUCUCCCACUUCAAAAACAGAAAGAAUUGAGGAGACAAUGUCUGUUCGGGAAUUGAUGAAAGCCUUCCAAUCAGGUCAAGACCCAUCUAAACAUAAGACUGGACUCUUUGAGCACAAAUCAGUAAAACAAAAGCAGACACAAGAGAAAGGCAAAGCUCGAGUAGAAAAAGAAAAGGGGCAGGUAAUAACCCAGAGAGAAACACAGAAAACUGAGAGUCAGACAAUCAAACGAGGCCAGAGAUUUUUAGUAACAGGAACUUCAGAAUCCAAAAAACUAGUCCGUGCUUCCUCUAUAGGGUUGAAGAGACAAGAUAUAGUUGGAGAAAAGGAAAAAGCUUUCAGCCACGUAACACCUGAGCCUGCUCAGUUAGCACCCCAAGAAGAAAGCCACAAAGAAAGUGAGGUCCCCAAAGAAAAGAUGGCUGAUGAACAAGGAGAAAUGGAUCUCCAGAUCAGCCCAGACAGAAAAACCUCCACUGACUUUUCUGAUGUUAUUAAGCAAGAGUUAGAAGACAAUGAUAAAUAUCAACAAUUCCGCCUUAGUGAAGAGACUGAAAAGGCACAGCUUCAUUUAGACCAAGUACUCACUAGCCCUUUCAACACAACUUUCCCACUAGAUUAUAUGAAAGAUGAAUUCCUUCCAGCGCUUUCUUUACACACCAGUGCUUUAGAUGGCAGUUCUGAAAGCCUAAAGCAUGAAGGGAUAGCAGAUUCCCCAUGUGGCAGUCUGAUGGAAGGGACGCCUCAGAUUAGUUCAGAAGAAAGCUAUAAGCAUGAGGGCCUAGCAGAGACCCCAGAGACAAGCCCAGAAAGCCUUUCUUUCUCACCAAAGAAAAGUGAAAAGGAUACUGAGGAAACUACCAAGUUAGAAGCACCAAAAGAAAGUCAUUCAGAAAAAGAACAUCCUACAACCAAAGACCUUAGUGAUGGUUCUGAAGAGCAAGGUGCUGCAAUCUCUGAGGACACAGAUCUUUCUGUUGAUGGUGUUCUAAAGGAGACCACCAUAGACUUUUCCAAAGACUCAUGCCCCAAACAAGAAGAUUGCCUUGGCAGGAGUAGUGUAUCCUUAGCAGAAGAAACACCCAAAGAACUGACUAAGGAAGCCUCCUCUGAUGAAGUUCAACUUACAAGUGAUAGUUCAGCCCAUAAGGUACAAACUGAUGUUGAGGUUCUGAAAUCUACAACCACUGAACCCUCAGAUGACACAAAGUCUUCACCAUUACCUGAUGCCUCUGUGAAGACAGACUCUGGGACUGAAUCAAAGCCUCAGGGAGUCAUUAGAAGUCCCCAAGGUUUAGAACUUGCACUUCCCAGAUGUGAUAGUGAAAUCCUCAGCCCUGUGGCUGAUGAAUCAUUAGCAGUAAGCCACAAAGAUUCUCUGGAAGCCAGCCCUGUGCUGGAAGAUAACUCCUCACACAAAACUCCUGAUUCUCUGGAACCAAGUCCUCUGAAAGAAUCCCCUUGCCGUGACUCUCUUGAAAGCAGCCCGGUUGAACCAAAGAUGAAGGCUGAAAUUCUCCAAAGUCACUUUCCUCUUCCUGCAGCCGUCACCAAAGUAGAACUCUUUACAGAAGUGGCUUCCAUGCGGUCCCGGCUGCUCCGAGACCCUGAUGGCAGUGCUGAGGAUGACAGUCUUGAGCAAACGUCACUCAUGGAGAGCUCAGGGAAGAGCCCCCUUUCUCCUGACACACCCAGCUCGGAAGAAAUUAGCUAUGAGGUCACACCCAAAGCCACAGAUGCAAACACACCAAAACCAGCUGUGAUUCAUGAAUGUGCAGAGGAGGAUGACUCAGAAAAUGGGGAUAAAAAAAGGUUCACACCUGAAGAGGAAAUGUUUAAAAUGGUGACCAAAAUCAAAACAUUUGAUGAACUUGAACAAGAAGCGAAGCAAAAAAGGGACUAUAAGAAAGAACCCAAGCAAGAAGAAUCUUCAUCUUCUGACCCAGAUGCUGACUCUUCAGCUGACUUGGAUGAACCAAAGCAUGUGGAAAGUGUGGAGGGUGAAAGUGGUGUCCCUGCAUUAGCCACAUCUGAGAGCCGAAAGGCUUCUUCUUCCUCAGAAAGUGAACCUGAGUUGACACAGUUGAAAACAGGUGCUGACUCAGGCCUCUUAGAAGAACCAGUUAUUCGUGUACAACCUCCUUCACCACUUCCAUCCAGCAUGGACUCCAAUUCAAGUCCUGAAGAAGUGCAAUUCCAACCUAUAGUUUCUAAACAGUACACUUUCAAAAUGAAGGAAGAGAUUCUAGAAGAGCCAGGUAAAUCAGCAGAAGAAAAAGACUCAGAGUCCCAUUUGCCUGAAGACAAUCAAAAUAUUACCACUGAUGGUCCAGAUAUGUCUUAUGAUUUAAACAGAGACACUGAUCAGCCUAAAAUCUGUGAUGGCAAUGGCUGUGAGGCUGUGUGCCCUAGCAGCUCAGGCAUUCCAAUCUAUUCAGGUCUUCAGAGUUCAACUGGUGAUGAUAUUGAUGAGCAGCUACUUAUCCAUAAAGAAUCCUUAGCUCUUGAAGAUAAUCACAAAACAGACACAGAAGAUGAAGAGCUUGAUGGUUCUAAAGUAGAAUCUCUUCAAGUAGAAUGUUCCAGUGAAAGCUCGUCGUCUUUGUCCUCCUUGACUCAUUGUCCAGUACCUGAAGGAAAAGAACUAGAUGAAGAUGUAUCCUCCACAUCUUCAUCUAUAAAAAUGGAGGUUACAAAAAAUGUCCAAACUUUUGAGAGCUUACCAACUGAUUGUUCUACUAAGGAGUCAUCCAGCACUACUCAAACUGAUAGAUUAUCUGUGGAAGUUCCAGUUUCUGACCCAGCUGAGACUGAUGAAAUCUAUGAUCCUCAAAUCACAAGCCCUUAUGAAAAUGUUCCUUCCCAAUCAUUUUUCCCGAGUGAAGAAAGCAAAACCCAAGCAGAUGAGAGACACACCACAAGUUUUCACUCUUCUGCAGUAUAUUCUGCAACAAUCACAUCAUCUGUUGAAAAUGUAGUAGUGGAGAGCUCCUCUAGUGGAACUGUUGUAAGCAAGGAAUCUAAUUUUGAGAACCAGGACAUGGAAAUAGAAUCAAAACAAGAAUGUUCUGCAAGGGAAAAGCAGUCAGAUAGAGCUGCCUCAUCUGUAGAGCCUACUAUAACAAAUACAUCAGCAGUUGUUGGUGGACAAAUAAGUAAAGUCAUUAUCACAAAAACUGAUGUGGAUUCUGAUUCCUGGAGUGAAAUUCGUGAAGAUGAUGAGGCCUUUGAGGCGCGAGUGAAAGAGGAAGAACAAAAGAUAUUUGGUUUGAUGGUAGACAGACAAUCACAGGGUACCACCCCUGACACCACUCCUGCUAGGACCCCAACUGAAGAGGGGACACCAACAAGUGAACAAAAUCCAUUUCUCUUUCAGGAAGGAAAGUUGUUUGAGAUGACCCGAAGUGGUGCCAUCGAUAUGACCAAAAGGUCCUAUGCAGAUGAAAGUUUCCACUUUUUCCAAAUUGGACAAGAAUCCAAGGAAGACACCCUCUCUGAAGACAUGAAAGAAGGGGCUUCUAAAGCUGAGCCCCUACAAAUGGAGACAUCAGCCAAGUCACUAACACUUUCAGAAUCAAAAGAAACAUUUGAUGAUGAAGCUGACUUACUUCCAGCUGACCUGAGUGAGAAAGUAGAUGAAGCACCUGCCUCAGAUGCUCAACUUAACUCCCAAAUGGGGAUGUCAGCCUCUGUAGAAACAUCUACAAAAGAAGUCACAUCGGCAGGAUCAGAAGACCUUGCCACAAUGCAAAUGAGUGAGACACCUCCUGUGUCCAAUAUGAAGCAGACAACUUGUCCUGACUCCCCUGAACCAGUUGUACAAGUUCAAUUAGAUUUUUCCACAGUCACCAGGUCUGUAUAUUCAGAUCGGGAAGAUGAUUCUCCUGAUUCUUCCCCAGAAGAACAAAAAUCUGUGAUUGAAAUCCCUACUGCACCCAUGGAGAACGUGCCUUCUACUGAAAGCAAAUCUAAAAUACCUAUAAGGACUAUGCCUCCUUCAACACCAGCACCUCCAUCUGCAGAGUACGAGAGUUCACUUUCUGAAGAUUUUCUGCCCAGUCUGGAUGAGGAAAGUAAGGAUGAUGAAACAAAACCAAAGUCCAAAAUCCCCAUCAAAGCACCCAUCCAAAGAGCCGAGCAACAGCUUUCACAAGUAGACUCAUCUCUCCAGAAAACAGUAGCUCCUCAGGGUCUGGACAUGACAAGCGGAACACCAGAUAGUAGAAGCAAAUCUGAAUCUGAUGCUAGUCCUUUGGACUCAAAAACCAAAUGUCCAGUAAAAACUAAAAGUUACACUGAGGCAGAAACAGAAAGCAGAGAGAAGGCAGGGGAGCUUGAGUUAGAAUCAGAAGAAGGAGCAACAAGACCAAAGAUAUUUUCUCGAUUGCCAGUUAAGAGCAAAAGCACUACAUCUUCCUGCAGAGGGAGCAUAAGCCCCACAACAGAAAGUAAAGAGCAUUUCUUUGACCUUUACAGAAACUCCAUAGAAUUCUUUGAGGAGAUCAGUGAUGAGGCUUCCAAGUUAGUGGAUAGACUUACACAGUCAGAAAGGGAGCAGGAAUUAGUGUCAGAUGAUGAGAGUAGUAGUGCCCUGGAAGUUUCAGUAAUUGAAAAUCUACCACCUGUCGAGACCGAGCACUCAGUUCCUGAGGACAUCUUUGACACAAGGCCCAUUUGGGAUGAGUCCAUUGAGACUCUGAUUGAACGCAUCCCUGAUGAAAAUGGCCAUGACCAUGUUGAAGAUCCACAGGAUGAGCAGGAACGAAUUGAGGAAAGGCUAGCUUACAUUGCAGAUCACCUCGGCUUCAGCUGGACAGAAUUAGCAAGAGAACUAGAUUUCACUGAGGAGCAAAUUCAUCAGAUUCGAAUUGAGAACCCUAACUCUCUCCAAGACCAGAGUCAUGCACUGUUGAAGUAUUGGCUAGAAAGGGAUGGGAAACAUGCCACAGAUACCAGUCUUAUUGAAUGUCUUACCAAGAUCAACCGAAUGGAUAUUGUUCAUCUCAUGGAGGCCAGCACAGAACCUCUCCAGGAGCGCAUCAGUCACAGCUAUGCAGAAAUUGAACAAACCAUUACACUGGAUCAUAGUGAAGGGUUCUCAGUGCUUCAAGAAGAACUAUGCACCACACAGCACAAACAGAAAGAGGAGCAACCUGUGUCUAAGGAAAGCGAGUCCUGUGAUCGCCCACCCAUCGUCUCAGAAGAAGAUAUCUCUGUCGGUUAUUCCACGUUUCAGGAUAACAUCCCCAAAACUGAGGGGGACAGCUCAGUAGCAGAGCUCUUACCUCAGACUGACAAGGAACAAGUUCAACAGGAUUUCUCAGGGAAAAUGCAAGACCUGACUGAAGAGUCAUCUCUUGAACACCAGCAGGAAUACUUUGUGACAACCCCAGGAACUGAAGUGUCAGAGACUCAAAAGGCUACAAUAGUACCUGUAUCUCCUAGCAAGUCACCUGAGGAAAUUGAUACUCCUCUUGAAGAAGAGAAGCCUCCACAGACCCCAACAUCCAGUGAGCAGGUUGGCUCUCCCAUCAUUCAAGAGCCCGAAGAGUCCCCAGUGCAGAGAGAGGAGAGUUCUUCACGAAGAACUAGCCUUGUGAUAGUGGAGUCUGCUGAUGACCAGCCACAGAUCUCUGAAAGAACCGAUGAAGAUGCAGCUUUUCAUAAGGGAGAUGAUAUGCCUGAUAUACCACCUGAAACAGUCACAGAAGAAGAAUACAUUGAUGAACAUGGACACACUGUGGUGAGGAAGGUUACAAGAAAAAUCAUCAGGCGGUAUGUUACCUCUGACGGCACUGAAAAAGAAGAGAUUACGAUGCAGGGGCUGCCACAGGAGCCUGUCAGCAUCGAGGAAGGGGAUGGCUAUUCCAAAGUUAUAAAGCGCAUCGUGCUAAAGAGUGACACUGAGCAGUCUGAGGACAACAAUGAGUAAAGCCAGUACCCAGAAGAGGGCUGUGGUGAAGGACCAGCAUGGAAAACACAUUCACUUGGAGCACCUGGAGGAUGUACCAGAAGCACUAGACCAGGAUGACCUCCAGCACGACCUCCAGCAACUCCUCCGGCAUUUCUGCAAGGAGGACUCGAAGCAAGAGGCCAACUAAUGAGCUGCCCAAUUCUCACACCAGAAACCACACACUCAAUAUGCAACUUCUCACUUCAUUAGCGGAGUGACCAUAACUGGCCUCAUUAAUGGGAUACCCUGGCAUUUCCACUUUUAGCAAAUACACUGCAUUUUCCUUUAGUUAUCCCAAAUCCUUUUUACCUGUCCGCUAAUUUGUGACCAAAGAUAGCAUCCCUUCUUCUGGAUGCUGUAUCCACUACUUUGCUUUGUUUGUGCUAACUUGGGAACUGGCCACCUCCAUUGUUCUUUGCUUCUGCACAAGCUUCAUGAAAAUCCAUUGGUCAGAAGAACUUCACCUGCAGACCUCUUCAAAUGAUGACACAGGAGUCCCUCAGAGGGAUAUCCAUGUGAAUGUAUAUAGUCGAAAUGCUCAGAUGAACAAUAUAUUAAAAUUAAAACCACUGCCUAUCAUAACUACACUGGGCAUCAUAAAAGGCCUCUAGAAAUUGCUGAACAAUGGUUAAUUAAGAUAUUGCUAACACAAUCGAAUGAUAAUACAGUUCUACUGCAAAAGAAGCACUUCAAACCUACCAUGUUCUUAGAACUUCCAGAGUAGCCACUGCUCCUAGUUAAAGAUGGAGAACUGUCCUUACUAAGAAGUCAUUGUUGGUGCUGGCCAGCCAUGAUUUUUGACUCUCCAACAGCCACUUGGAGGGAGGAAAGGGAGAGAGCAGAGGGCAAACAGAAUGAAACAAUGAGGUAUUCAGUUGCUAGCAGCUACAUCCUGUGGCCUUCUAGCAUCUUCAGAUCUUUUAGAUUUGAACAAGUUGGCAGGGUAUUUUAAAAAUCUAUGACUACUGUAGUUUUCCAGUUUUCAUUGCUGCUUUUUGCAAACCACGCUGUCUUACUGGUGGUACUUUCUUCUGUCCACUGCACUGUAGAUAAUUCAUUGGAAACAAAAUUUACCCACAACACAAAAGCUUAAAUGCCUUCCCCAUGUUUGAGUGGUUCCUUCUUCUUCUUCUUCUUCUUUUUUUUUUUUUUUUCCCAUUCCAGGUUUAUAUCUUCUCUAAUACGUGCAUGUGGCAUUAAAAAAUCAAAACCACAGUCAAAUACCCUCUUCUAACCACAACGAUUUUCAUUCUUUGUACACAGAUCGAGCAAUUUUCACUUUUCAGCUAGGUCUGUUUUUCAGCUUGCAGACAAGAUUGAGAAAUCUUAAAAAUUUGGUUUUGGUUAAAAAUGUUGGUUUAUUUAUUUGAAAUCCAAACUCCCUUGGGAACGCUUAAGUGCAUUUUAUGCACUUUUCUGUUUGUGUGUUUCAAGAAGGGAAUGUAACAAUCUGAGUGACUCCCAUGUCCUAUCCCUUACUCCUCUAGUGGUUGAAGCUGUGUAGUAUUUUAACACAUAUAUAUAUAUAUUCACAAAUAUAUUCAUAUAAACAGUAUACAUUUUGAAUCAGUUAUUUGUUAAAGAAAAGUAUAUUCAAUGAAGAUGACAUUUAAAUAAAAAAAAAUUUAUCCUCCAGGGAUUGAGAAUUUUCCAAUUCUAUCUGGUCUUUUCCUGUUGCGCAAAAAUGACUCAGUGCUCCAAAUGUCAAAAAACAAAUGUGACAAACAAUGGCACUUCAUCAUUUAAAAUAACAUGGCCAAGAGAAAAAAAUUCUGGAAGGGAGGUUUCCCACAAGCCAAACCUCCUAAGCCACUAAUGCUAGCACUUUUGGCAGUUUGAUAGGAAAUAAAGCAUUCUUUUGCAGCCAAAAUGAGGGAGGCCCAUGGUGAAACUUUUUGAGACACACCGUGGCCUUCUUGUCAAAACCUUCACUGGAGCUCAAGAAAAGCAUUUCUGUUGUGUUAUUUGCAGUGCAGAUGAUGUCUGUGUAACAACAUAAUGGUUAUUCACCUUUUUUUUGAAAUUGAUUUUUGCUGUGUUAUCAAAAACUUGAAUACUGUGAGAAGAAGUGAAUUUUCAGUUGAUAAAUCAGCAUCUUGUUCCCAUGGUGAUAACACUAAUUGAAUAUAUCUAUGAGGGCAUGUAUUAGUUAAUGGAAAAAAAAAAUACAACACUAACAAUACAUAGCUGCAAUGUGUACAAUGGCUGAUUUAAUUAAAUAAAAUGUACAAGUGUUAAAUGUGGCAA